AUGCCUUCCACCUCGUCAGGCCGCAUCGUGAAGGCCCAACGGCCUUCGAACUCGAAGAAGACGCUCCACCAGAAAAACCAUCGGUGGGAGUCGUUCAGCGCAAAGAUCUCCAAGCUCCAUUCCCUCGACCCCCUGCGCAAGGUGCGCCGACACGAUCUCGACGCCGAAGACCUCACCGCCACCACCUCAUACCUGCGCAAUGGCCUCGACAAGUGGGCUGAGCUCAAUGUCUCCAAGUCCUAUGCCGACUUCAAGAAGCAGGUCAACCCCCUCACCGAGUCGCUGGCCCAGAUCCUCUACCAUGAAGACCGUAUCAUGGGCCUGCUGGCCGAAUACAUAGCCCGCCACGACGGGGAGGCCCUCGAGCCGCUGCUGGACCUGGUCACGGCCUUUGCCCACGAUCUUGGCGUGCGCUUCGAGAAGCACUACCCGCGCGCCCUGGCCCUGAUCGUCGACCUCGCUAGCAAGGUGCACGAUGUCGAGGCUAUCGAGUGGACAUUUGCCUCGCUGGCAUUCCUCUUUAAGUACCUUGCCAGACUAAUCACACCCGACCUACGCCCGACAUACGAUGCCGUGGCACCGCUCAUGGGCAAGUCGAGGAUCCCAGGGCACAUUGCCCGUUUCGCCGCCGAAGCAAUGAGCUUUCUCAUCAAAAAGGCUGCCGCGCCCGGCCACAAGGAGAAGGCGCUGCCGAUGAUUGUUGAGCACGCCAGGAAAGACCUCGAGAGCGUGGCCGGGACAAAACAGUUCGAUCUAUACAGCCAGGGGAUCAUGACCAUGUUCGCCGAGGCAAUCAAGAGCGCGGGGAAUUCGGUCCAUUCGGCUGGCCCAGAGAUAUUCGCCGCUUUAAUACGGGACGUGCCCGAAGCCGAGCUGGCGUUGCCCGAGCAGAACAUCUGGACGGAUGUCUGCUGCGGUGUCAUCACCAGCACCAUCCACCACUCGACAGCGGAGACGUUUAAGAUUGUUGAAGUCAGGAUCGUAGAGGAGGCGCAAGCUGCGCCAGAGCGGGCGGCAAUGUUCGUUCAACUCUUCGGGACCAUCGCUGGUGUCCGGAGGGGCGGCCGCAUCAACGACUGGAACAGCUUUGUCAAGGUGCUCAACCGGCUAAUAGGGGAACUCGCCACAUGUAAGGAGAAGGACCAGAUUUCUUCCUCUCCGCAGGUCUGGCAGCGCAUUAUUAUCAAUGUGACCAUCAUAUGGAGCCAGGCACCUAUCGACGCUCUGAUCCCUGCAUUGUCGACCUUUAACGGGACCAUGACCAAGGAGCCCCUGAUGAGGUGGUACAUACCGUUUUGCUCCUAUCUCGCGGAUUUGAACUCGGAUCGGUUCCGUAGUCUCUUCCAGAAGGAAUUCCAGAGAUUUGUCGUUGCACACUGGUCUGAGAGCGCGAACGAGGACAUUCUCUGUGUUCUCCUCCCGCACAUCAUCAAAGUCGGCGGCGGUGACCGCGACUCUCUUCCACUCCCCCAAUCAUGGCAGGACCAAAUUGUCAGUGAGUUUGUGAGACUCGAGGAUACCCCGUUCCCAGAGAGCGGAGGGUUUGGCAAGGACCCCGAAACCUGGAGAGACAAAUGCUUGCCAAAAUACUCGGCACUCUUACGGGUACUGGAGAUGACGUUAGUGCACCCUUCUACGAACUCCAGGAUAGCAGAGGUCUUGCUCAAGAAACUGAAGCUCGCUCUCCGGCCAUCGUCAUCUCUCCCCACCGACGAGGCAAACUUCAUCGUCAGCGAUGGUUUCCGGGCCUACCUGCGGAUGUGUGCGGUCCCCGGGUCCGUGGAUGCUAGCUUGGCUCCCCUACUGAGAGCUGCGGCACCACGGUUCUGCCGAUCGCCGGCCUUCCUUGAAGCCCUCCUUACCUACGAAUGUGAAAUUGGCGGCAAGGCCACUUCGGAAGUAAACGGCAGAAUCGGCAGUCCGCAAGAAGAGGAAAACCCCCUAGUCAAGUCGCUCAUCGGCAAUCUCUCAGCUCCAUCCCAUCCGUUACGGCUCGUGUCUCUCAAGAUUCUCAAUGUCUUGGAGUCCACCGUCGACCAAAACUCGGCGUUGUCGACAAUGAUUCAAGUCGAAGAGCUUGAGCUGAAUCUUCAAAACGCACGCACUAUUGGUGUGUAUCUUCGAAAGCUUGGCCACCAAUAUGCUCAUCUUGGCGAAAACUCUUGGUUGAUACGGGCCAUCCCGGCCUUCUUAUUCGGUAUGAUGACUGUGCCUUUGUCUCCCGUCUGGGACGAAGCUCUAGAGGCGAUGAAGAAGACAGCAGAGACUAAGCUUGGGGAGGAACAAUUGGCAGAUCUAGCCUUUGACUUGCUGGAUGUGCCCUCUCCUCGAUGGUCUGGGCCAUUUAAGUCGCCGACCCAGGGCGGUCGUAUCGCUAUGACCGACUUUGAAUGUCUCAAUCACAUGAAGUUGCGCAAGACUGCCGUGUUUACCGGACAGGCUGUGGAAGCCUCUUCGGAAGAAAUGCUAGAAACAUUCGACAUGGGCCAGAAGAUUGUUGAACCUCGCUCAGAUAACGCGCGGAACAAGGCACUCAAGGUGUUUUCUGCCCUGCCUGGCCUAGCCGAAAAGCGGUCUAGGAAGCUAGUACCAUAUCUCCUCUCCUUCACAGACGAGGAUGAAACACCGAUAGAAGAAGAAACCGGGGAUGAGUGGGCGGAAGAGAAGCUCGAAGGCACCUGGACGCUGCCUGACAGGAAGGCGCUUGUAGGAGUUUUUGCGUUGUUCAACAACCCCAGAGUGCUUUAUCAGAGCGAAAAGCUGUAUCAAGCGCUCCUGAAAUUGUUGGCCAAUGGCGACAUUGAGCUCCAGAAGCCAGCUCUCAAGGCGAUCUUGGCGUGGAAAAUCGACGCUAUCAAGCCGUACCGAGAGCAUCUCGAGUUCCUCUUGGACGAAUCCAGGUUCAAGAACGAGCUUACUGUUCUCUUCCAGGGAGACAACAAAAUUCAGGCCGAGCAUCACGCGGAAAUAAUGCCGAUUCUCCUUCGCCUACUGUAUGGGCGUACAAUCUCGAAGAAGGGCGCCGCUAGUGGCCGCCAUGGUCUCCACGCCACCCGCCUCGCUGUCAUUCGCCAUCUAAACGUGGAUGACAUGGGGAGCUUCCUGGGCAUUGCCCUCGGCCAUCUUCGCGAUGUCCGAGUCGUUGAUGACCGAGGCAUCCGUGAGAGCGUUUUUGCACACGAGAUUCUCCCUGCUAGAAAGCAGGUUGGUCUUUUGAAUAUGGUUGAAUCUAUCAUCAGCGAACUGGGCAGCAGCGUCGAGGCGUACAUGGAGGCCAUCGCCAAUACUGUACUCUUUUGCCUCAUCUCUGCUUGCCGACAACUUGGGGGAGUCUCAGAAGAGUCCGAGGACGCCGACCCUGUCCAAAACGCUUCUUUGUACAAGGUCAUCAAGACGACCGCCUUGAAGUGCCUGUGCAAGCUCUUUCAAAAUGACCCGACCUUCGACUGGACGCCUUACAAGGAGGUGAUGGUCAAGGAGAUCAUCAGCCCUCGGAUUGACAAGCUGCCAGAAGAGACCACCCAGAACAUCUCUGGAACCUGGAAGCUCAUGGCUGCGUGGUCCGUGCUGCCCAAAGCAGCCCUCUUUUUGUCUCUCGACAAGCGGAUUAUACCAAAGAUUGUCGCAUGCCUGGGAGUCCAAAAGGGGAAGGACGAGGUCAAGAUGUUUGCUCUGGACAUCGUCAAGAACCUUAUCAAGCUGGCGCAGGCCCCGGUGGCUGAAUCGGAAUACAACGAGUUGAUCAGAUCCGAGCUUCUGGACUCGAACAUCGAUCUCAUCCUCAAAGAUAUUGGCGGACUUCUCAGAGACCAGCACGAUAUCGGGCGAGACCUUCUUGCGAACGCAGUCUACACUGUUGUUGAUCUGGCGCCGAUCGUGCAAACUUCGGCCACUGUUCAGGACAUGGUGGAUAUCUCUACUUUCCUACUCAACCAGCCGUCGCGCAAAGUCAGCCCCAAGAUCAAGGGGUCUAUUCUUUUGAUACUAAAGCAGUUCGUUGUGCUUGAUGACCUGCAGGCGAACCCGGAGUUGAAGAGCAAGGUCUACAGCACAAUUGCAUCAUUGUUUGGAUACUUCAAGGACAAGCAGAACAGGCAAACACUUGCAGAGGUUCUGUUGGUAUUUGCCUCGCAAGAGCCCUGGGCCCAGGAAGUGGCUGAACUCUGUCGUGACCUCAACUCUUAUUCUGCGAGGAGAUUGGACGAGCCCGACUACGAUACACGGCUCUCUGCUUUCAACUCCAUCACCAAGGACCGUGAAGAAUCCUUGACACUCGACCAGUGGAUGCCAAUCUUGCACAACUUGCUCUUUUAUAUCCUUCAGGACGAGGAGUUUGGUGUCUUGUCAACCAACUCGGCUGAUGGCAUAUGUAGAUUCAUCGCCGUGGCUGAGGCUGCUUGGGGGGCGCCCAAGCAGGAUGCCUUUGUUGAUGUCAUGUCAACCGUCGUUCUCCCAGCCAUCUAUGCAGGCGCUAGAGAGACGUCCGAGACUGUCCGGCGCGAGAUCCUGCGCGUGUUUGGAUAUAUGAUCUCCCAUUUGCCAAAUUGGGAGGUUGUCGCCGACCUGGCCCUUCUGGUUCCUGAAUCCGAUGAUUCCGAUAGCUCAUUUUUCUUCCACAUUCUGAGUCCUGCUGUCUCCAGACAGCUGCAAGCUCUGCGCUUGCUGGAGCCGGCCAACGAGAAAAACCAGUUCCGCAGCAAACACAUCAGCCAGUUCUUCAUUCCUCUUAUCGAGCACUUGGUAUUCUAUCGGGCCGAAGGCGGCGAUGACCAUGGCCUGAGCGCACAGGCGAUAAGCACGAUCGCAGGGUUGAGCGCGUCACUAGAGUGGCAACAGUAUCGAGCUAUUCUACGGCGGUUCAUCUCCUACGUCGAGUCUAAACCAGACUGGCAAAAGCGGGUCAUUCGACUCCUGGAGAAAGAGGUUGACACGCUGUGCACGGCCAUGGCCGAUAGGCCCCAAGAUGCCAUGGAGGUGGACAGCGAGAAAUUAGCACAGACUACGUCGUGCAGGCUUGCCACGACGCUGCCCGACCAAGAGAAGCUGAAAGGCGAGAUCGUCAACGGUUUCCUGCCCACGUUGCUCAAAUACAUCCACGACAAAGAUGAGACAACUGUCAGUGCUAGGGUGCCAGUCGGUAUCGUCAUUGCUAAACUCAUUACUCUUCUCCCCGAAAACUUGGUUGCUGAAAAGCUCCCUGGAGUUCUCACCGAUAUCUGCCACAUUCUCAGAAGCAAGUCGAUGGAAUCCCGAGAUAUGGCUCGGGACACUCUUUCGAGGAUUGCAGGUAUCCUCGGCCCAGAGAGAUUUGAGUUUAUCCUCAAAGAGCUGCGAGGCGCACUCACCAAGGGCUACCAACUUCACGUUCUUUCCUACACGUUGCACUCAAUCCUGUUGGUCAUCAUUCCAAUGUUUGAGCAAGGCGAGCUCGACUACUGCCUCGGGUCAAUCAUGGCGGUCAUCAUGGAUGAUAUCUUUGGUGUCGUGGGCCAAGAGAAGGACGCCGAAGACUACGUCAGCAAGAUGAAGGAAGUCAAGAGCAGCAAAAGCCAAGAUUCCGUAGAACUCGUUGCCAAGAACGCCUCUAUCGCACACCUCGGCGAGCUUACGGCGCCUUUGCAGUCACUCCUUCUCGAAAAGCUUGAUCUUCGCACGGUUCGGAAGAUCGAUGAGCUCUUGACUCGCAUCACAAAGGGGCUGCUGGAAAACCCAGCCGCAGCAUCCCAGGACAUCCUGAUCUUCUGUUACCAGGCAAUCCAGGCGGUAUACAACAGCGAGAAGCCGCAGGUCGAGGCCAAGCUAGAUCCUCGGCUCAAGAGAUAUCUCGUCCAGAAAGGUGUGAGGAAGACAGACGGAGGACUAACGAGCAAGCACACCUACAAACUUGUCAGGUUUGCGAUUGACAUUCUCCGAUCCAUAUUGAAGAACCACGACAACCUGCGAACCGCAGUGCAUAUUACCGGCUUCCUGUCUAUAUUGGGCGACGCUGUGCUGUCGGUGGAAGAAGAAGUCAAGAUUGCGGCCUUCAAGACUCUCAACGUCAUUGCCAAGGUCCCGUUCAAGAACGACGAUUCCACCAACCUAUACAAAGUCGCCUUCAAGGAGGCCAUUAAGGCGAUCUCAAUGUCCCAGUCGACUACCUCUGAUCUUGCCCAGGCAGCGCUAAAGCUCAUAUCCAUCAUUCUAAGAGACAGGCGAGAAAUCCCGAUGAAGGAUGCCGCACUGGACAUGCUUUUAGGGAAACUCAAGGACGACCUGACGGAGCCUCUCUAUCGCCAUGUCACGUUUAACUUCCUGCGGGCGGUCCUGGACCGGAAAUUAGAGACAGCCGUGGUUUACGACACUCUUGACCACGUCGGCACCAUUAUGAUCACUAACCAUGACAAGGACACCCGGGAUUUAGCCCGCGGUGCCUUCUUCCAAUUUCUCCGUGAUUACCCGCAGAAGAGGGGCCGGUGGGAGAAGCAGCUCAAGUUCAUUGUCGCCAACCUCAAGUAUGAGCGAGAGGGAGGACGGCUGUCGGUCAUGGAGGUUAUCAAUCUCCUGCUCAAAAAAUCCGCAGACGACUUCGCUCAGGAGGUCGCUGCCACCUGCUUCAUCCCGCUGGUCUUUGUCCUGGCCAAUGACGACAGCGAGAAGUGCCGCCUCGCGGGCGGAGAAUUGAUCAAGGAGAUAUUCCGCGUGGCGGACAAGGGGCGCCUGCAGAAGUUCCUCACUCUCCUUCGGUCGUGGGCCGAGCAGGGAGACAACCCUGCGGUGCUCAAGCUUGCCCUCCAGGUAUUUGGCCUAUACUUCAAUGGCAGGGAGCCCAAUGCCAAAGACAAGAAGGAUCUGUCUCUCGUCGUUGACAAAGUAUCCGAAGUCCUGGGCGACGAAAAGACCAGAGAAUCGGACUGGGAGCUGGCCAAUACCGCCCUCAUCGCGCUGCAGACUUUGGUUGAGACAAAUCCGCAAAAGGUCUUGGCCCGCGGCUCGGACGAGUUGUGGUCUGAGGUCCGGGAAUGCCUGGCCCACACGAACCCCACGGUCAAACUCACUUCCACUAAGGUUCUGAGUAAUUACCUGGCCGAUUUUGCAAGAAAUGCUGGGAAUGCGGGGCAAAAACCACCGCUCCAGGGGUCUCAUGGGCUAGAGCUUGGGGAUGACGACAUCACCAGUCUCGUCAAGGGCGCGCUCAACAUUCUCACAUCAGCAGAGGUCGACGAACCCCUAGCGCAGGAGACGGUUCAAAUUCUCAUGUUCCUUGGUGGAUAUCUCGGUUCUGGAAAUGACGAUAAGGAUGAUGAGGAUGACGACGACGAGGCUGGGGGAGACGAAGACGAGGGCGCAGAUGAGUCUGAGAAGAAGGCGGAUCUCAAGUACCUGUUCUGGAGACUUGCGGCUAUUAUAAGGAAGGAGAGGCAGGUCAAGCCCGAAACGCUUGUGCCAAAGCUGGCUGCCUUGGACGUGCUCGAUGCCUUUUGCGCCAAGACGCCGGGCGACGUCCUUUUACCCUCGGUCCAGACAAUACUCAGGCCGCUGCGAAACCUGACGGACCCGUCGAUUCCAGUGCCUUUCUCGGUCAACGAGCUUUUUAAGACUCGGUACGACGCGCUCAAGGUCAAGUCGCAGGCCAUCAUGGAGAUUCUGCAAAAGAAGCUCGGCAAUUCCGAGUACACCAAGGCUCUGGUGGCGGUCGGCAGGAGCGUCAGGGACAGGAGGCAGUACAGGUCGAGCAAGCGCAAGAUCGAGGCCAUCACUGCGCCGGAGAAGCACGGCCAGGACAAGCGGAAGAAGUUUGAGAAGAAGAAGGAGAAAAGAAAGGUCCGGGGCAGAGAACAGAGAGACCUCCGGAGCGGAUACCAAUGA